AAUGCAGCCAUUCAGGAUAUAAUUAAGGAGAAGAAUAAUAAGAUAGACUUAAGAUCGUCCCAUAUAGUUAUGAUAACUUGUAAGCUAAUUAUGUUGACCGGAUGAAGUUAAGAAAAGACUCAUCGUGGAAGAGGGAAAGGAAUACAUUUAAAGGACAAUCAUUAAUCUAAGUAUGAUGUAAAUUAUGAUAUACCAAUAGGUAAUAUUAUAUAGGACAAGUGUUAUCAAAAUGUACACAGUUUUAACUUAGUGUUAUGUAUAUCUUCAAUAACUUCAAACCUAUAUCAGCUGUUACUUCCUGGAUGUAAAGUGAUCAAAAUGUGUACAAUCGAAAUAUGAAACUUAACGUUACUUAUAUCUUCAAUACCCUCAAACCUAUGUCAGCAAUUACUUCCUGAUUGAUGUGUGUUAACUAUUGAAGUCGGAUUUACUGAUUAAUAUGAUAAAAUAAAGUUUAUCUAAAAUACUGAAUGAAUCUUGAACUAAAAUGGGGAACACAGCACGAAUUCCUGUUGUUAGAAAGCAAACAGACCAACAUCGAAAUCGAGACAAUCCUGUGCCACGGGAAGCUGAGUCAAGCACACCAACACAAAAUCCACAAUUUCCAAGAACGAGAUAUAAAAAUCAACUACCGCCCAUAGACAAAAAUAAACUGGGAAAUAAAAACAAUGACGGUACAAAGCGAAAGGAACUAAAUUUGCUUAAAAAGAAAAUCACUGACUUAGAGUCGGAAAUAUCGAGCUUGAGGGUCGCACUGAGUCAGUAUGAACAAGAAAAUGACGAACUAAGAACAAGGUUAAGUCGAAUGGCAUCGGAUCGUCUCUUGGACAACAACCCGAACAUUGCCGACCUCAGCGACGCUAACCGUCCAACAAAGAUCGCAGAACAAUUUUCUGAAUUUUAUGACACGGAGUACACGGGGGCGUUUGAAAAGCUUCUUGAACUGAACAUGACUGAAGUGGAAGCCACAAACCUUCUCUUCAAUAUAUUUAUGCACAUAUACGAAGUCUGCAAAUCGAAAUCACAAAAUGAUCUCUUUGGGUUGAGCGAAGCUCUUCGCAUAUUUACCGGGAACGCCACAAUGAUACCUUCCAACAAUCUUAAACACUUCAAAGACAUCAGAAAGAAACAGUUUAAACAAUACUUACCAGAUUUACAGAAGACCAUUUUUGAACGUGUAUUAGAAGUCUGGAUCCCAGACGCCUGCAGAAGAACAGCUGAGGUUAUGCUUUUUGUGGAAAAUGCUACAGAGAUAUGUUGGCUUAUAUCUAUACAGGACCCACCCUUAUGCUUGGUCGGGGAAGUCAAUGUAGACGAUUUUUUUGAUAAAAGUAUGUUCAGAGAGUAUACGAAACGUGGACCACGGUAUGAUUUCGUUGUUUGGCCGGCUUUGUUGUUGCAUGACGGAGGACCUAUGCUCCUUAAAGGCAUAGCGCAGCCUAAAAAUACUCACAGCGGCAACCGAUUUGAUGAAAACAAUACUCAAAUAGAUGACAGCUUAGAAAGACGAAGCACACAAAUAGAUAAGCGAUUUGUUUCAAGAAUCAGCAUUGUAACAAGCACAGGUGUGAACGAUUUAACACAUGAUCCAACAGAUAGAUCACCACAAAGCGGGACAUCCGAAGGAAUUGAAACAGAGACAGGAGUUAAUGGUGCUCAAGUAACCACUCCAGUCCGACCACCCAGAACGAAAAAGGCCAAGCAGAAAGAAACAAAAGAGAAGCAAGAUGGGGUUGAAAGGAACGGAACUAAAGUUUCAUCUUCACCUCUUGAUGAAUCCAUAGAACAUGAUACAUCUGGGAGCAUUGAUGAGGUAAAGGACCUAGACCGUGAAAUUUCAACCAACCAUGAAAAUGCAUGUGCUCUACCAAAGACUGUAAAUAAAAAAGCACGUAGCAAGCGGCAUGCGAUGAAUUCAAUGAGUAGUGAAACAAAGCCUACACAAUAAAGACAACAUUCAAGUACAAUUGUUCAACUUGUUCAGUUUAUGACAAGGUUUCCAAAGAGUUAAAUACUAUUCAUGAAUAGUGUAUCGUGAUUAUCUGAAAUAUUACGUGUUUGUAUUCCGCAAAAAAAUGGGAUUUUUUCGCAAGUCGUACCAAACCAAAUAGUAGGGGCUUAUCUUGAUCUUGUUUUAUAAAGGGACUGAAAUGUUCGUGAAAUUGGGGCCUGUCUUUUAUGUAAAGCAUGCAAAGUGAUAUUCGGUUUUACUUCUACUUCUGUGCUAUUCUCACAAGUAUUCCACUGGCAAUCAUUCAGGAACAAUUACAUAAAUAAGUUUACUUACUAUGUAUUAUGGUAUAUAAUUAAUCAAUUAUGAAAACGUUUGGCAGUACAAUAUGAACUAUAAAAAAUCUUAGUAUUUACCGUUUUAAAGUCCUUCACUCGAGUACAGUCUUUUAGUGAGGAUUUUCAAAUUCCUGUUCAUGAAAUUUUGUGGAACUAGCCAUGGCUGUUAUUAUAUUUUUUUUACUAAUUGACAAGGGUUGGAAAUCUUCAUUUCUGUUCAUUGCUGUACCUAAGAAAAACCCUCAUGCCAAGUUAACAUCUAGGAUUUACAUGGUUUUUCAAACGCCUGAGCUAGUCAGCUAGUUAUUUACCUGAAACGGAUCGGUUAAUGUUUAUAUAAAUGUAUUUCGUUAUGGCAAACAACAUAGUCAAGUUUCUUCAAUAUUAAGUGCAGAAUUAACGAUGGUAUCAGUGUGAUACUAAGUGUUCUCAACAUUUGACAAUGUUACAUGCUUUAUGACCCGUUCAAACCUGAGCUCAAACGUUUUUAUGACAAUUAAUCUCACUAAAUAUUAUUAAAUUUAAGAAGAAUAUGCGAACUCUAGUGUUAGUAAAAUUUUCGAGCAAUUGACCGGAUCUAUGUAUUAUCAUGACACAAAUUAUUACCAGCGUUCAUCAACAUGUCAUUGAAAUUUAGCCUCCCGAGUUUUAACAGGGUUUUUCUAACAGUUUAUCCAAAUUUGAUUAAAACAAACAUUCUGACUAUUUUCAUGAAGCUUUGGUUGAAUGAAUGGCAUUUUAUCAUUGUUAUUUUGCCUAACUUUUUUACUCGACAAAUGUUAACAAUAUUUUUCUUAAGUAUUACAUUGUUACCUACUUUUUGAAUAAACGUGACAAUAAUAUCA